AUGGCUGAUCGUGGAGGAAUUAAACGAAAAGCUCUUUCUGUUACUGACAAGUUAAACAUUUUAAAAAUGUACGAUGAAAAAAGUGUCAACAAAAAUCAAAAAGAAAUUGCAAAAGAAAUGGAUUUACCUGCAUAUACCCUACGAACAAUUUUGGCAAACAGAAGUAAAAUUGAGAGCAGUGCAAUGACCGGUAGUUGUAAACGACAAAAAAUAAAACAUGGUAAAUUCGAUGAACUAGAACAUAUUUUGUUGGAGUGGUUUAACCAAGCACGUACUUUAAAUUUACCUGUGAAUGAUAACAUUGUCACCGAAAAAGCACAUGAAAUUGCUAAACGGCUUAAUAUUGAUGAAUUUUCUGGAUCUGGUGGCUGGAUUGAUCGGUUCAAGAAAAGGCAUGGUAUUGUAUAUCGACAAAUUUGUGGCGAAGCAGAGUCCGUUAAUGACGCUGAUAUCGCUGCAUGGAGUGAAAAUAUUUUGCCAAAUAUUUUAAAAGAAUACUCUUCUAAUGAUAUAUUCAAUGCAGAUGAGUUUGGGUUAUUUUUUAAAUUGAUGCCUGAUAAAUCUUUGGUGUUUAAACGUGAAAAAUGCCAUGGUGGCAAACUAAGUAAAGAACGUCUAUCAGUUUUGGCAUGUACAAAUGCUACUGGCUCUCAAAAGUUAAGACUUCUAGUUAUUGGAAAAAGUAAAGCUCCACGUUGUUUUAAAAAUGUACGUACAUUUCCAUGUGAUUACGUAUCACAAAAUCGUGCUUGGAUGACAGGUGAUAUUUUUAUAAACUGGAUAAAACAAUUAGACCUCUCUUUUAAAAAACAGAAUAGGAACAUUUUACUGUUUGUAGAUAACUGUCCUGCACAUCCUACUACUAUUCCACUUGAAAACAUAAAACUUGUUUUUUUACCCCCAAACGCAACAGCCAAAUUACAGCCUCUGGAUCAAGGUAUUAUCAAGGUUUUAAAACAAAAAUAUCGAAAAAAAUUGGUUUUACGAUACUUGAAAGAAAUGGAAAGUAAAAAUCCCGCGAAAAAAGUUGACGUACUCGAUGCAUUACACUACGUAUCUGCAGCAUGGGAUGAAAUUACGGCUGAUGUCAUUAAAAAUUGUUUUCGAAAAGCAAAAUUUGUUGAGGGUGAUUACAGUGCCGUGGAGAAAAGCAGCGAAGAUUUUCAAGAAUUGGAGGAGUUUCCAGGAUAUGCAGAAAUUGACGAGGACGUCGCCACAAGUAACAUUAGAAGCAUUGACCAGAUAAUUACUGAUAAAAUUGCACCGGCUGAUGUAACUUCUAUAGAUGAAGAAAGCGAAGACGAGGAAGAGGAUGAUACAACACCGAUUCUCCCAGUAGUAAAUGCACUUGAUUAUGUUAAUGAGCUAAGAAGAUUAGUUGCAUCUUUUGACGACGCUGAUGAAUCGUUAAAUCAUCUUAAUAAAAUUGAAAACUUCCUGUAUGCAAAAAACAUAAAAAAUAUGAAACAAAGGAAGAUAGAUGAUUUUUUGAAAUAA